CGUCAUGCGUCAUGACGUAGAGGAUGUGAGUGGCUGGAGUUGCCGGCCGAUUGCUUUGGAAAAGUGGUGCUUUAGAGACAAUCCACUUAUCUCCAAGACCUAAAGUAAUUGACUGAAAUGUGUCAGAUAUUUUUGGACAGGAAUCCGUUCAAUCUCGCUUCGGCUUCGAGUCGUUUGGGUGCACGUUGAAACUUCGAGGCCUGCUUUGUUAGCCUAGCAUAGUUUAGCAGCUAACAAAGAGAAACAACGAGCCUGGGACAAAAACGUCGCCGAGCAAGCCAAUAUCAAGUCCCAAAAUGUCAGAUGUCAGUCAAGCGCAUCGUGCUGAACGCCAGGAUUCUCCUCGCAUGGAGGAAGAGGAAGAGUCACCAUACAGGAAGAAGGUGAAGGAAGAAUUUCUCCACAUUAAAGAGGAGCAGGAGGACUACUUAAUUAGACUGCAGAACCCCCACAUUGAGGAGCAGCAGCAACUUGAUCCCCUCAAAAAGGAGGAGGAGGACCCUCCAUAUGUUAAAGUGGAGGUGGUGGACAUCCGAAAGUGGACUGUUGAGCCCUUGAAAGGUGAAGAUAGAGGUCCGAGUGAGGCCAGCAGAGGGGCACAGCACCCGAAUGGCAGUAGCAUCAUUUCAAAAGAAGGUUCCCUAGCAGACAACGUCAUUGCUCAACCAUCAGAUAGAGACGACUUCACAUCACACUCGCUGUUCUAUGUCAGUCAAGCGCAUCGUCCUGAACGCCUGGAGUCUGCUCGCAUGGAAGAAGCGGAAGAGUCGCCAUACAUCAAGAAGGUGGAGGAAGAAUUUGUCCACAUUAAAGAGGAGCAGGAGGAGUACUUCAUUAGACUGCAGAACCCCCACAUUAAGGAACAGCAGCAACCUCAUCCCCUCAAAAAGGAGGAGGCGGAUCCUCCAUAUGUUAAAGUGGAGGUGGUGAACAUCCCCAAGUGGACUAGUGAGCCCUUAAAGGGUGAAGAUGGAGGUCCAAGUGAAGCCAGCAGUUGGACGGAGCCUCCGAAUGACAGCAGCGGCAGUUCAAAAGAAGGGUCCCAAGCAGACAACCUCAUUGCUCGACCAUCAGAGAGUGACGACUUCACAUCACACUCGCUGUUCUGUUUCAGAAAAUAUCUUGGUGCUGAGCUAGAAUCGCAUUGCAUAAAAGAGGAUGUUGCGCUACCACAAAUCAAAGAGGAGCCAAAGCCCGGUCAACAGAAGCAACUUCCAAUCAAAAAGGAGGAGGACCUGCCAUAUGGUAAAGAGGAGGAGGAGCAUAUCACCAGGUUGACUGGUGAGCCCUUGAAAAUUGAAGAUGGUCUGAGUGAGGCCGGCAGAGGGGCGGAGCCUCCAAGCGGCAGCAGCUCAGCAGAAGGAUUGCAAGCAGACAUUGACAUCGCUCCAUCCGACAGAGAUGGCACCACCUCACACUCACCUUACAAUGAUGAUGGUCAUAAGACAUCUCACGGUGACGACAAACUCUGCAAAUGCUCUCAGUGUGGGAAAACCUUUGCUAGUAAGCAAAGUUGUCAGAUGCAUAUGAGGAGCCACACUGGUGAAAAGCCUUUUUCCUGCUCGGUUUGUGGAAAAGAUUUUGUUUCGGUGGGAAACCUAAAACAACACACAAGAAUCCACACUGGCGAAAAACCUUUUGCCUGCUCAAUUUGUGAUCAAGGAUUCAGUCAUAAGAGUGCCUUAAAAGUACACACAAGAACCCACAAUGGUGAAAAACCUUUUUCCUGCCCAGUUUGUGGUCAAAGAUUUAGUCACAAGUGCAACUUAAAAGUACACACAAGAACCCACACUGGCGAAAAACCUUUUUCCUGCUCAGUUUGUGGUCAAGGUUUCGCUCGAAAGGAACACUUAAACAGACACAAGAGAACCCACACUGGUGAAAAACCUUUUUCCUGCUCAGUUUGUGGUCAAUGCUUCUCUCUAAAGCAAAACUUACAAAGUCACGAAAGAACCCACAAUGGUGAAAACCGUUUUUCCUGCUCAGUUUGUGGUCGAGCUUUCGCUGCAAAGAUAAACUUACAAAAACACAUAAGAACCCACACUGGCGAAAAACCUUUAGGUUAGGGUUGGGGGGUUACGUUCGUAUUUGUGGUACACUUUGUGUUUUACCUUUUCUGGCCUUCAACGUCUUUCCCUUGGUUCUCUCGCCGACUGGCAUCAUUUAUAUCAUAACCUUCUAUUCAAUCUACACUUUUCACAUUUAAUAUUUGAAACUGCAGACCCCAAAUUCCAAAAAUUAAAAAUCAUUCAUAGAUAUUGUCAUUAAAUAAAUAUGGAAAUUUAGAAUACAUUGUUCAAUAUUGCAAAAAUAAUUUAAAAAAUAAAAAAGUGGCUCACAAAUGAGUUUUUGUGUGGGGGUAUAUAAAUUAUAUAUAUAUAUAUAUGUAUAUAUAUUUCAAUUACUAUUACUACUCGUGACUGACAGAGUAUGAGGGCCAAAUAAUGAAAAAUGAAGGAAAAGAAAAAAGGACUAAAACAGUAAAGUCGUGUUCUUACUAAAAUAAUUUUUUUUUUCCUUGUAGCAAGUCAAGUUUUGGUUUCUUUUUUUUUUUUUUUUUUUUUUAAUAUCUCAAUAAAUAACACACACGGAAUCAUUUCUGUAUUUAACUUUGCAGAUUAUAUAUGUUUUGUGUUGAAAAUCUUGUUGUCUGUUAAUAACAUGAUCACCACCUGACACCUACAGGGGUCGCAUUGAAUAAGGCGCUAUCGGAAUGGAAAAGUUCACUCUUGCCAUGUUUUUUUGUAAGAAAUUCUACACAAACUUCCUCGUCUGUGUUGGAUCUAUAUUAUACGGCUCGCCGUUUCAUUACAAAGUGGCAUUAUUUAUUGUCAGUGAAAACGCGGGCAGGUGGUUGUGUGGACCCAAUUGCAGGGAAACAAAAGGCAGCCAAGGAGGUGGUGGUGAUCUCAAAAACGUUUUAAUAAUAACUAACAAAACACAAAGUACAACCAAAAGUACUGGGGAUCAAAAAAGGCAAGUUUAAAAAAAACUUACUUUACCGGAGGGUUUAGAACACAAGGGCUUGGACAGGAUCUUGGCUUUAACACAGACAUAGACACUGACAUAGACAAUGACGCAACAAGGAGUGAAAAGAAACUGGGAGCUUAUAUACACACACACAAAAAAGGGUUAACGACACAACGAGGAACAGGUGAGGAUGCAGUUAAGAGAUACUCUAUGAGCAGGUACAACAGGUGAAAUCAAUGGGCAAUCACAGGGACAAGUCACACUAGGAGAAAACCAACACAAAACCUAACAAUUUAUAUCAUACUCUCCCUUUCAAACUACAAUCUUCACAUUUAUUUUUGAAACAGCAGACCCCAAAUUAGAAAUCAUUCAAAACACUAUCAUUAAAUUUAUAUGGAAAAUUUGAAUAUAUUGUUUAAUAUUGCAAAAAUACUGAUAAUAAAAAAAUCAAUUCUGGCUCACAAAAAUUAAUUUGUGAGGGGAUAAACGUUACCAUGGCGCAAAAAUGAAUUUUCACUAUACAAAAACUGUGAAAUUUUAAAUAUAUUCAAUUGGAGGUCGAAAAUGAACAUGAUUAUGAUGACAGUUCUAUAAUAGUGCCCAGUGGGGAAAAGUUAAUUGAGGAUCUAGACCAGGGGUGUCCAAACUUUUUGCAAAGGGGGCCAGAUUUGGUGUGGUAAAAAUGUGGUGGGCCGACCUUGGCUGACGUCCUUUACGUAGAACAAUAUAUUUAAGCAAAUUUUAGCAAGCCAUUCUAUGUGUUACAUUUGCUUUAUUAUUUUUUUAAAAUAAUAAUUUCAACAAUCUCGCAACUAGCCUUUGUGGCGUUCUCUUUCGACUCUCGGGCUCUUGCAAAAUACUGCUGCUGUGAAAUUAAACUAGCUUCAAAUUGCUUCAAUUUCUCGCUGCGUAUCUUCCCUGUAAUCUUGUCAUACAUGUCAGCGUGUCUUGUUUGGUAAUAUCGCCUCACAUUGAACUCUUUAAAAACAGCGACUGUCUCUUUGCAAAUGAGGCAGACACAGUUGUUGUGUAUUUUAGUGAAAAAAAAAAGUCCAAUUUCCACCUAUCUUUGAAGCUUCGGCCGUCGCAGUCAACAUUUUUUUUAUUGACUGUCGCCAUUUUAGAAAAUUUGAAUAAAGGGUCACACAGGGUAAUGUUGCUUAGAGUGCUGCUGCCUUUUAGUGGGUAAACAAGGAGCAGCAUUUAGUGUGUAAGCUACUUCAUAAUGCUGUUAGCAGUACUGCUGACCAAUUUAUUAAGUCUGUGUGCGGGCCAGACGUUAUUGAUUUCAUGACAGAGGCUGGGGGCCGGAUGAAAUUUGACCACGGGCCGCAUUUGGCCACCGGGCCGGACUUUGGACGUGUCUGAUCUAGACUGUGGAGUCCAGAAAAGAAAUCUAUCAUUGGUGUCUUCAAAUAGGUAGGAUAUGUUUUGUAGCCAUAAUAUUAUUUGUUGUUAUUAUUCGUUUAUUUUUUGGUGUUGUGAAAAUGGGGUGUUAAACCGAGGCUUAUUGGACCUUUUAGUUUUCAAAUGUGUUCGUGUGUCAUUGCGGCAUCUAGCUGCGGGGAUUUGCAUAAUAAUGCACGGGCACUUUUAUUUCCAAUACCAGAACACUAGGUUAAUUAGAACGCUGUCUUUAUAGUAACCUAUUAGUAUCACGUAAACUAUCCGGCAUGCGUGUAUACUGCCCACAGGCGGUUUUUCCUAUGGGCAAUGUGGGCGACCGCCCAGGGCGCAAUCUAUAUGGGGGCGCACAAGCGCCCUUGAGGAGAAACAUAACAACAACACAUAAUAAUUCGCUAGUUUCUAGACUAAUACCGCUCAUUUCUAUGUCAAGUAGGUAGGGUGGGCACCAGAUCGCCCCUUACUAUCAUGUCAAAUGUUGCUUAAAGAGCAUAUGACACGAGAAAAAAAGUCUUAAAUGGCAUUAUUAUGUGAGUUAGAAUCAUAUUUUGACACGAUUCGACUAUAUACAACAAUUUAGCAAAGCACAGAUGACGAGAAAUUAGUCUGUUAAUCUGCCGGUUAGCCACGCCUACCAUUAUAGGGCUUUAGCGUCCCCAACAGGUGGAUGACGUCAGCGUUAGACUGGGCUCAUCGGUUUUACUACUCAGCCCAUUGAGGGGGAAUUAUUCAGAACGAGGAAAACGCGAUGAAGAGAGCCGCAAAAUGUCAUUGUUUCAGUCUCUCUACUCCAAUAUUUUUACAGGAUAUUCUUUUUAUCCAAUUAUUUUUCCCCAAUAGCUAUAUAAAUGGCUUGAGAAGGACCAGUCAGUCCGUCGAGGGGGAACUAUUCACAACGAGGAAAAUGCGACGAAGAGAGCGGCAAAAUGUCAUUGUUUCUGUCUCUUUACUUCAAUAUUUUUACAGGAUAUUCUUUUUAUCCAAGUAUUUUCCCCAAUAGCUAUAUAAAUGGCUUGAGAAGGACCAGUCAGCCCGUCGAGGGGGAACUAUUCACAUCGGGGAAAACGAGACGAAGAGAGCGGCAAAAUGUCAUUGUUUAUGUCUCUUUACUUCAAUAUUUUUACAGGAUAUUCUUUUUAUCCAAGUAUUUUCCCCAAUUGCUAAAUAAAUGGCAUGGUCAUGACAAAUAACAGUCUUGUGCUGAAUGGAAUAUGAAAUAAUAAAAAUGCAUUUAUUCAGGACGACAUGGCAAAAUUCCAUAAUGGUCAAAACUGUCGACUUCACCUUUACUGUCGCACCUCCCGAACGAUAUUUUAUGACACCUAAAUCGGACAUAUGUCAUUUCCCUUCCCCGGCUUCGGAGAAUGUGAACAAACCAGAAGGCGUGACAGCUAGCCGACAUGCUAACCUGAACUGAGUGAUGUUUCAAAGUCUUCGAAGCGGAAAAUCACACAUAACUAUCCUGGAUUAUUUGACAUGACGACCCGGUGUUGUGCCGAAAAAUGGCCGCCCCGCACAACACCGGCGGAGAGCAAUUUACAGUUCGUUCCCCGGAGGAGGGUGGCUGGAGUUCUUGUGCAGCUAACGUGCUGCUGCUAAUGAGCAUUAGGAGAGCUUUUUACAUGCCUAUCAAUGAUCAAACGUAAGUAGUCCUUCAAAGAAAGUUUGUAGUGUUUACUUUGUAAUCGCUGUGUUCGUAUUUGACAUAAUACAAAACAAGAUGUUUACUCACUUCCUCGUAAGUCCAGUGGUCCCACAGUAAAUAUCCACGGUGAAUGGGAACCUUUUGAAACUCCAAAAAGGCGCAUACGCCUCUCCCUCAUACAGAAUGAUUUUUUCUGCAGCCGUUUGACUGGCGUGAUGCGACAAAUAAACAUAUUAAUCCGCAAAAUCAGCUGAAUCCUUCGUCCUCAUACACAACAGUACACUGUAGCGUGAAGAGAACGUCUUCUACCGUAUACGUCACAGCGCCCUCCUCCUCAAUGCAAGACCGAAGCCGGAAGUCGCUCAUUUUCAUGGCGCAGGAUUAAAAUAAAUAAAUAAAGAUAGCGAUCGCUUCCACACACAUCCAAGCGGCCUAAAUUAUUCAGAGGUUUAAAUUACUACUUGUAUUAUGAAUUAAACAUGCUUUUUCGUGUCACAGGCACUUCUAAGACGUGUCAUUGAAGGGACAGGUGUGCUAUGUCAGAUGAGGGAGCUACAACUCGUAACUGCAGGGUGAGUGAGCACGGCGAACCUCUCUCACUGACAGAGGAAUCGCAAGGAGGGGGGUAAGGCCCCGUCUCCUGUACAGCUAUUCACAGGCCACCUCAUUAUUUAUGUGACUACUUUUAGAAAUGGUGAUUUUUUUCCAAGAAAGUCCAUUAAUGGGUCUAUCAUAUUCCUCGUUCAAUACUCUACAAGAAAAAUAUAACAUAUAUGCAUCUAAAAUAAUCCUAAACGAUUUUAUUAGCAAUUUUAAUACUCCUUUUAGCAAGGUUACUUGGGUAUGUGGUAUGCCGCUGCGUACGUUCCCAUAACAACCAGUCCUGUUACGUCACAAGUGCUGCAUAUUCAGAGAACGAGAAUAGGCGUAAAUCAAAAAGUAAAUCGGAACUUUAAGAUUUUUUUUGAUUGAAUUUGAAUCAUAUUUUACAGAGCCCCUAAAGUGACAUGGAAGAAGAAGAAAAAAACAGAGAGGGAAAAAAAAG